AGCUCCUUUGCCUCCCGGGCCCCCUUGGCCAGCAGGGCUGGCUCCAUGUACUUAGGGGCUUCCACGGUUUUAAUGCGUUCUUUCCUCUAGAAGCUUUCUGGAAUAGAGAGAGUCUGUCUCCUCCUAGCCUAGAGCUCAGCCUGCAGCAGCCCAGGAGCCAGGCUGCUGCCUCAGCCUUGCCUUCCUCCACCAAGUGGCUCCACAUCACCUCACCAUGCCUCACCACCUUUCCUCACCGUCGGGGCACUCCACUAAAGGGCUGCUGGUGGCCGACCAGGCGCCAGGCAGCUGCUCUUGCCCCACAGCCUCCUCUCAAGCCUCUGCGCCAUGCUCUCCUUCACCUGGGUCUGGUGCCCCUAGGUGUUCUGCAGUCCCCGUGGUACUUGGCCGGGGCUCCCAGCCUCUGGCGCUGUGCUGCGAUCUUCAUGCCCGCGGUGUGACCGGGUGGCAUCGCACUGGCAGAGCAGUCCCCACCCAGCCGGCACUGUAAACACCCUCCUGAAAUGAAAUGGAAAAAGAAAACAGGUUUAUCAGAAAUUUCAGGAGGCUUCUUUGAAAACAACUUCUGUCAGAAGAAUGGCGGCGUCUUCUCUACAAAUUUGUGCAUUGUUGUUGGCUUUAGCAGGAUUCACCAUUUUACUUGUUAGUACCAUGUCUAACAGAUGGAAAGUUUCAGACACUGCAACAGUGCUGGUUACUGCAGACUGGAUUUCUGAAGGUCUUUGGAUGGACUGUGCAGUGACUGCUUUUGGAUCAAUACAGUGCAAGAAAUUUCUCUACAUGUUGAAUUCAGAAAUUCAUAUCCAGGCAUGCCGUGCCUUAAUGAUUACUUCCAUCCUUUUGGGAUUCAUAGCUACAGUACUCUCGCUGCUUGGUUUGAAGUGCACAAACGUUGGGUUGAGCGAUGAAGAUGGAAAAAUGAAGUUUGCUGUCACGGGAGGAUUUCUCUUUAUUUUAGGAGGUCUCUGCUCCAUGGUGGCUGUUUCUUGGUAUGCUGCGAUGAUUACUGCUCAGUUUUUUGACCCGUUGUAUGCUGGAACCAAGUAUGAACUAGGAGAUGCUCUGUACUUAGGCUGGGCUGGAUCUGUUCUUUAUACACUUGGUGGGAUCUUUCUGACCUGUUCGUGCAAAGGGAAGCAAACCCAGGAUUACAGUUGCAACAAAUACGCAUAUUCAGCGGGCCAGGCAGCUCCUCAGCAGCGCAUUUACACCAAAAACUCUGAGACAGUCAUAAGCAACAAGGAGUAUGUCUAAACUUAACUUUUACACCACUUGUAAUGUUAGUAGGUUAUGAACUCAAAUAAAGAAGUGAACUACUUCCAGGGUUCCGGUUCCAAGUUGCUAUCUUUCAUCUUUAAUUUGGAGCAGUACAAGGAGGAGGUAUGGUUUUCAAUGUACA